AUGUCGUCGAUCCUUGCUAUACAUGUUGUCGUAACCAUGGUUAAACUAAAUGCCACCACCACCAUCAUCACCAUCCUCCUCAUCCCCCUGGUGAGCAACGCCGCCCCGAUCGCCAUCCCUACCGACGGCCUGGUUGAACCCAGAAUCGAAAGCCUCGACCUCGCCGGUCCCGACAGCAACCUCGGCGUCUUGGUCCGCCGCACCGGCGACAAGGGCAAGGGCAAGGCGAGCGUACAGUCGGGCUCCUCCUCGCCCCCUCAAAGCGUAACGCCACCGCAGCGACCCGCCGCUCCGGUCAACCUUCCAGGCGCACCGGCGCCGCGACGGUCGAGCACGAUGAGCAACAUCGGGCCGGCCGCUGGACCCUCCACCAACGCCCAAGGCGCACCGUCCCCGCCGCGACGGGCGAGCACGACGAACAACAUCACGCCGCCGCCUCGACCCGCCGCGCCCGUCAACGCUCCAGGCACGCCAUCUUCGGGCACCGGCACGCUGGGAAGCAUCACGCCGCCCUCGGACCCGGGCGCCCAGCUGAGGACCCAGCACCCCAACAACCCGAUCGACGGGUCGGUCAGGCCGCCCAGCAACCCCGACCGGCUGCCGCGGUUUCCGUCGCCGCCGUCGCCCGGCCAGUCGGUGGAGGGCGUGGUGGCCGCUGGGACUCCUUCUUCCAACGAGGACAAGAACAUGCGCGAGAAGGACAAGGAGCCCGUGCCCAAAAGGCGCCUCCGCGAAUAUCCCAAGUACAUCUUUGGCGACAAGAGCCGCAAAGACAACAACAACCAGGGGCCGCCUCCUGCUCCUCCAUCUGCGCCCGUGGCCUAG